GAAAAAGUCGCAGCGGCUCUUCAUGCGCCUCUCGUGCGCGUUGGCAAUGCUGACGUUUCUCAUCAUCACGGUGCUCAUGACGCUCACGGUCGUCUUUGCGACGCAGUGCGCGCGGCUCAGCAAAGCGCAGAACGCGACGACGCUGCCACUCGACCCGAACGCGACCACCGUCGCGCUCUCGCAUUCGUUUAGCGCGGGCGCACUCGUCGUGUCGCAAGGCAGCAACGUCUCGGCCGGCCACGUCACGUGCCAGCAAAAUGCCAUUAGCACAAAGUACUUGGCGACGGCGACGUUUACAAAAAUGGCAACCUCCGACAAGUCGACGAGCGCCUUUGCCGCGUCGCCCUUGAGCAGCUCGUAUUUUCUCGGCGUCGACACGUCGUGUCAGCUGGCAGUGCUUGAGUUGGUGUUGCCGAAUACGACGGCCGCGCCAUUGCUGCAGCUGACGUCGUCCAUGGCCGAAGUAAACAUCAACCUCCUCUCGCCCUCCGAGGACAUUUCCUCCACAAUGCUCGUUGGUAUCAAUGUGUCAACGGACCAGGCCAACGUCAACGUUGUCGGUGCAUUCCUUGGCACGCAAGCGCUAGCGAUGCGAUCGACCUCGGGCGAGCUCAAUAUCAGCACGAUCUACGUCAACGCGACAGGUGCAAGUGGCGGCCGGCAAAACACUAUGUUGGCGUCAACGCUUGGCAGUGUGUCGUUGUUCAACUCGUCGUUGACCGACAGCCCGCUCGUGAUCACCACGGACGCGAGCCCCAUCGUCGUCGCCCAAGUCACCUCACAAGUGACGCGCGGCUACAGCACGAUGGCGCUCUCGACGCAAUCGGGCUCGCUGCUUCUAAGCGACGUCACGGCCGAUCGCAUCGAGCUCCAGUCCACCUCGGGGGGCAUUCAAACCGAAGCAUUGACGGCGACGGACAAUGGGAUAUUUCCCGGUCGCAUCAAUGUCGUCACGAUCGGUGGCGCCGUGCGGAUGCACAAUACCGCCGUCGACGGCUACGUGCACAUCGAGUCCAACUCGGGCGACAUUUAUCUGCAUCUCCAGAGCACAUCGUUCGUGGGUUUCUACUAUGCGCGGUCCGAGUUUGGCACGAUCACGGUGCAGAAAAGCAACUUUUCUUACGAUACGGUUACCGCUCUGCCAGCGCAAGACCCGAGGGAAGCCAAUGGCUUUAUCAACUGCGGCACGAGUUGCAACUACCGAGGCGACAUUUACAUUCGCAGUCAGCACGGCAACAUCAACAUUGUGCUGGGGUGCGAGAACCCAUCGUGCACCUAGUGUGAAGCCCCGUACAUUUAUAUAUAUACGUGGUAGUAGUAUGUUUUAAAAGCGACCGGUACGAGUCUGCAACUACAUGUUUACAAAGGC